AGACCGCGCUGCGUGUUCAGCGUAUCCGCCCUGCGCGCUGUGUGUCUCGCCUUGUCCUCCUGCGGCUCCGGGCGGUUUCGCGACCUUUAAACGGGACAACCUGGACGCGGUUCGGAUACAUGCUGCCUCGCAUUAGUCCUGCUAACAGCCUCUGUGAGCGGGGAGGGCGGCGGGCUGUGUUUACCGAGCCGAGCGUUGCUGGGCGGAGAGGAGCGGCCACACCGCCGGAGCGGCUACCGCACCAAUCGGCCUCCAGCGCCCAGUGGAAGUCUCUCCGGGAAGCGCCUUAAAGCACAGCCACGGUUUUCAGGGGAGGCGGUUAUCAGACAGAUGCCGUGGCUGGCUGACCGGCGCGGAUUCAGCCUUCAGACAGACGCGGAACCGCAGCCAGUGGGCUCAGCGCGCCUCGGGCUGUGCUACGGUAGCUUAGCUUAGCCUAGCCUAGCCUAGCCUAGCCUAACUGGUUCCUCAGAGCCGCGCGAGCUGCGUUAGCCGCGUUAGCUCGCCUCACAAAUUCUCCACAUUAUCCGCAUAUCUGCGGGGUUUGCGGCCGUGGUUGGACCGCCAGUCGACUAAACUAAUCAAUUUAGGGCGGUCAAGGAAGUUCAUUCAUCCCGCUGUCUCCUCCUCGCUUGCUUUAGCUGUGGACGCCGGAGUCGCGGGUGACCCGGGGAAGGGGAGCGAACCAGCCUCCGCAAAAGCCGCGUAGCUUUCCCAGCGGCCCGGCUCUGCAGCCGAGGAGCUCUGCCCGGACAGCGAACUGACCCCCGGCCCACAAUGAUCCCCGAAAAGGCUCCGAAGGAGGACGUGCUGACCGCCGCCGAGCACCUGAAGAAGGAGUCGCACGUUCCCAGCUUCGAGCGCUUUAAGGAGCUGUAUGAGAAGUCGGUGGAGUCUCCGGAGGAGUUUUGGGUAGACAUUGCCAAGGAGUUCUUCUGGAAGACGAAGCAUACCGGACAGUUCCUGGACUACAACUUUGACGUCACCAAGGGCGAAAUCUUUGUCAAGUGCAUGGAAGGAGCCACCACGAACAUCUGCUACAAUGUUCUGGACCGCAACGUCCAUGAGAAGAAGCUGGGGGAUAAAGUGGCCUUCUACUGGGAGGGGAACGAGCCAGGAGAUGAGAAGACUGUGACCUACAGAGAACUAUUACAGGAAGUGUGCAAGUUUGCCAACGUCCUCAAGUUACAAGGUGUGAAAAAGGGGGAUCGUGUGUCCAUUUACAUGCCCAUGGUAGUUGAACUGGUGGUGGCUAUGCUGGCUUGUGCCCGAAUUGGAGCUGUGCAUUCAAUUGUGUUUGCAGGCUUCUCUGCCGAGUCCCUCUGUGAAAGAAUCAUAGAUUCUCAGUGUUCUCUGCUCGUUACGGCUGAUGGCUUUUACAGGGGAGAUAAGCUGAUCAAUCUUAAAGUGAUCGCUGACGAGGCGCUGGAGAAAUGCAGGGACAAAUCUUUCCCUGUGGAGCGGUGUAUUAUGCUGAAACACUUAUCCAAGGAGGAACAGGAAGCCUCAUCACCUGGCUCCCUGUCACCCCCUGCAAAACGUUCCUGCCCUGACCUCCAGCAGGAGAAACGGAAAGAAAAUGUAAGGAGGGUCCGUCCCAUCCCUAAGGUACCCUGGAACCCAGAGGUGGAUGUGUGUUGGCACUCUCUGAUGGAAGGCGCCUCUGAUGAGUGUGAGCCGGUCUGGUGUGAAUCUGAAGAUCCUCUCUUUAUUCUCUACACCAGUGGCUCCACUGGGAAACCUAAGGGUGUGUUGCACACAGUCAGUGGUUACAUGCUGUACACUGCCACAACAUUUAAACUGGUGUUCGACUACCACCCUGAUGACGUGUACUGGUGCACAGCAGACAUUGGCUGGAUCACCGGUCACUCGUACAUCACUUAUGGGCCCCUGGCCAACGGGGCCACCAGUGUCCUGUUUGAAGGUCUGCCCACCUACCCUGAUGUUAGCAGAAUGUGGGAGAUAGUGGAUAAAUACCACGUCUCCAAGUUCUACACUGCCCCCACAGCCAUCAGACUCCUCAUGAAAUACGGCAGUGAGCCAGUCCACAAGUAUAAGCGAAGUUCUCUGAAGAUCUUGGGUACAGUAGGUGAGCCUAUUAACCCCGAGGCCUGGCAGUGGUACUAUAAUGUAGUUGGAGAUGGUAGAUGCCCUGUGGUCGACACCUUCUGGCAAACAGAGACAGGAGGACAUGUUCUAACACCUCUACCAGCUGCCACGCCUCUCAAACCAGGAUCUGCAACAUUUCCGUUUUUUGGGGUGGUGCCUGCCAUUCUGAACGAGUCGGGUGAGGAGCUGGAGGGACCAAACGAGGGCUACCUGGUAUUUAAGCAGCCCUGGCCCGGGGUGAUGAGGACUGUGUUUGGGAACCAUCAGAGAUUUGAGACCACCUACUUCAAGAAAUUCCCUGGAUUCUACGUGACUGGUGAUGGUUGCCGUAGAGAUAAGGAUGGAUACUACUGGAUCACUGGCAGGAUUGAUGACAUGCUGAAUGUUUCUGGUCACUUGCUGAGCACGGCCGAGGUAGAGUCCGCUCUGGUGGAGCAUGAGGCUGUAGCGGAGGCUGCAGUGGUGGGGACCCCACACCCUGUGAAAGGAGAGAGCCUCUACUGCUUUGUCACUCUCACAGAUGGCAUCGACUACACUACCACCCUGGAAGCUGAGCUCAGAAAGCAAGUCAGGGAGAAGAUUGGUGCCAUAGCCACUCCGGACUAUAUACAGAAUGCACCUGGGCUUCCCAAAACUAGAUCAGGUAAAAUCAUGCGGCGUUUGCUACGCAAAAUAGCCUCUAACCAGCAGGACUUGGGAGACGUGUCCACACUGGCGGACAGUACGGUCAUCGAGCAGCUGUUUGAGAACCGCUGUUGUACUGCUCUGUGACCACAAGGGGGAGCUGAUUAAACCGCCUCACUCUGGCCUAGUAGGAACUGCACCUCAAGAAGGCUCAUGGAAGUAGAGUGCAGAGCGAAGCUUUGGGGGGGGGCGCUGAAAAAAUGUAUAAAUCACUGCAUUUUCAAAAUUGUUCAGAAUCUCUGGAAACUGAAAAGGUUUGGAGGGAAAUUAGUUUUUACUGGACCCACUUGUAUAUUUAAUAUUUUGGUUUUAACAAAAAGUUUAUUUUUGUUAGUGUCGCUCUGUGCGUCUUUUUUUUCUUGUUUGUUUUUUUUUUUUGUUUUACAUCAAAUUUGAGUUGCAUCAUGUUAUACAUUAGGAAGACCUGAAGGGUAAAGUUCCACUUUAUCAUUUAUAUGUUCUGCUUUUAUAACAUACCAAACACACACAGACACACACGUUCUAAACCGCUUAUUCUUCUGGGUCCUGGGGGGGUGGCUGGAGCCUAUCUCGGUUGUCUUUGGGUGGAAGGCAAGAAACACCGUGGACAGGUGUCCAGUCCAGUCCAGUCCAGUCCAGAGCAGACAGAUGUACGUUAUACCAAAACCAGCCCAAAAGUAUUUCUAGCAUGACGCACCUUGGCCAACACUUGGCAUGUUACGCCAGCUUUGACCAGCAGGGGGCAGUUAGAGUAAUGGCCAUGGCUGGGAUAGCAUGUAACUAUCAUACAUGAUCUCCUACUCUCAGUGAAUGAGCUGCCCAUUUCUCACAGCCCUGAUAAGCAGCGUUUCUUAAAAUAAUAAAUUGAUUGUCUAUUGAACUGAAUUGUGGUUGAUGCUGGUACAGCAUACUAGCCGUUAGCUGGUGAGCUCCCAGUCAUUUUUUUAGCUGGUCCAUGAAGAGUUAAAGCAGCCAAUGUUUUUUUGCAUACAGUAUUGGAAAAAACAUGAGGGGAAAAAAAUUUGGGUUUUUUAUGGCUAAUUUGUACAAGUGGUGCUAGAAAUACUUUGGCAGCUUUUGGUUUUUCUUACAGGCAGCAAAUAAAUAAAUAAAUUGGAACGGAUUUUUCCCUUCAGGGCUUCUGUAAUUAGGACGUGUCGGCUGAUCGUUGUCGAUUUCGCUCUCUACUUUGCAGAAGACUACUGUGCUGAUACACCUCCGUAUGCAUUACCGUUUGGGGGGGCGUCCUUGACUGUACUUUCUGGAUAAUGCAGAGCUUGAGUGUUUUUUCUUUUUUUAACUAGUUGAUUGUAGAUAAAGUUUUUAUAUGACUGAACUUAAAUUCAUGUGCCAACUUUAACCCAGGGAUGGGUUGCAGACAGUGUUCACUCCUUAUAGAGAAUAUAUUUGCUCCUUUUUGUACCCGAUAGUGAUAUGUUAACAUUAUAACCCACCAACUGUCUAAUUUCAAGACCGGCGUAAGGCCCAGUCCCAUUUCACCCCUCGCCCUACCUCUGAGCCCUUAGCCCUCUGUUUUGCGACCUCUCGUUUAGGUGCAGGGCGUCCCGGUUCUUGCUGAGAUAGAGGGGUGGGGUGACGUGUUGGGGCUACAUGACCCUCCAAACUGAGGUUUUUCAGAGACACUUCAAACGGCAAGAUAACUGCACGAGCAGCCAAAGAGACACAGAAGAGGGUCUCAUUUCAGAGGAAGAUCUCAACCACUGCCCUGUAGCUCAGCAACAAGGGCGACACUCCAAAACAAGGGGUGGGGUAGAAAGGAGGAAUGGGACUGGGUCCACGUCUCGGACUGCAGAUGCUGCGUCAUUGUGAUUGUACCAUGUCUCAAGAACCACAGCUUGAAGUGGGCAGGACAGCUGGACUGGGCGUGAGUCCUUCCGAUUGCAUGAAGACCAUUUUUACUGUGUCUUGACGUUACGCUGUGUUAUGCUCCACCACUUUCACUUCUCAGUGUAGCUACUGGAUCAUUGGAAAAUUCACGUGCUUCAAGCAAUAGAGUCCCAUUCCUCUUCAGACCACCUGGUCGUCGUAGAAUUGCCCUGUUACAUCUGAAGGAAGGUACUGUGAUGUUUAUGGACACAGUUAUUCAGGAAUUUCUGAGUUUUAUAAAUGACUGUGGUUUGUUCAGAUGCACUUCAGGAAAAGUUCAGGCAAUAAGAUGCGAGUUCAGAUUUGCUUGGACACCCCGUGUAAGAUUCGUUUCUCCUUAUUGGUUUCAGGAAUCUUUUAUUUUCUUGUGUCAUAAUUAUUCCAUCGCUUGUUUUGUCUUCCGGCAUUUUUGUUGCCGUUUCUCUUAUUGUUUGAGUUGUCUGCACGUUUCCCUGCCAUGAGGAUUGGGAUCUCUCUGAAAUAUAAUUUUCAGGGUUUUUUUUUUGUUUAUUCUUUAACGCCCUUUUCAGUUUCUGAUCAUUUAUUGUAAUCAGCUUAUUUUGACAGGUUAUUGAAUGAUGAAUUAAUUUCUCACGUGUGGCUGAAAUAAACCAACCUGAUUCUGUUCUGAA